UUCUUCAGUUGGACUCAUUAGAAUGGACUUUCCUGCCACCUGUUGGAUUAAUACUUGGAAUUAAGUUUGGAAUGUAACAUUCAUGUAUGGAUUUAGUCAACGAAACAAAAUGGCGGGUAUGGGUUAGGUGGAGAUGAGAGUACCUUGCCUGAGGAUAGCAACGUCAGCUCUGCCCAUUCUACUACUAACAAGAACACCCAUAUCUCCCCUGUUGUCAGGAGACAGAAGAAAAAUAACCUCUCGACCGAACAAAGACAGCACCGUAGUGCAUCUAUGUACGAUACUAGACUUUCUGAACUCUUCCGAUUAGGGGGUUUAGAAGAAGAGGAGGAGGAGGAAGAAGAAAUAGAAGAAGAUGGCGAUGGUGAAAAUGAAGAAGAAGAGGAAGAAGAAGAUGACGAUGAGGGGCAUAAAGGAAAAGACCUGGCUGUUUCUGAAGCAAUAGCAGUUAAACCUCAAUUAGAUCUGGUUAGACCCAGCCUAGAUCCGCUUAGACAGAUCAAUUUCUUCACUAUCUUUGAUUUUGAAGAAGGAGAAGAUGAAGAUUUUAGUUCAGAGAAUGAUGAGUCUGGUAGCGCUGGAUCUCUAAGUGCGGAACAUAGACGUCAGGCACGUCUGUCACUCACAGAGUUUCUUGCCGAUCCUCGCAACUUUGAUGGUAGCUCAGAGACCCAGCAACCAAAUGCAAUGGAUAGGGGAAAUUCUGUUUUGAGAAAACUCAGCUUUCUAAAAGUAGGAGGACAGCGAAGAGAGAAGAAGAAGGAAAAAGAGAAAGACAAGGAAAAGGAGAAAGAAGAGAAGAAAGAAAAGGAAAAAGAGAAAGAACGGAUAAAGGAUAGUAUCAAGCAGCAUAAUUUUGUAAAUUCAUCAUUCUCAAACUCAACAAAAUGCAACUACUGUGAGAAAACCCUUCAGAACAAGCCAGCUCUCCAGUGUCAAAUUUGUUAUGCCAAUGUUCACACUUCAUGUAAAGAUAAUGUCGCUCCAUGUGCAAGACUCACAAAGCAUCCCAAAUCGGUAAGUACACCAUCAGAACAGUUUUAA